GCUGCAUCACAAAUAUCAACCAUUUCAAAAAAGAACCUGCUGCCACAUCCUUUAUUUCUUUUGUUCUUUUAACAGUAACACAAGCUGGAAAUCCAUAUUUUGAAGUUAAAGCUGUAUUUGUGGAACCAUUAUUCAUGUAUAGGCUUGCAGCUGAUUGGCCUCCAACAAUGCAAAUAGUUCGUGUUAUAUCUCAGGAUCACAUGAAUAACAAGCAAUAUGUUGGCAAGGCAGAUUUCUUAGUUUUCCGGGCACUAAAUCAGCACGGUUUUCUUGGACAACUACAAGAAAAGAAGCUUAGUUUUUUGAACGAUCUCCACAUUCUUCCAAGUCGAAAGAGACCUGUAUCAAUUCUCCAUGACGUUAGCGGAAUCAUCAAGCCUUGCAGGAUGACUUUGCUUUUAGGCCCUCCAGGCUCUCGGAAGACCACUUUACUAUUCGCUUUGGCUGGGAAGCUUGAUAAGGAUCUAAAGGUUACAGGGAAAAUAACCUACAAUGGCCACCGAUUAGACAAAUUCAUCCCUCAGAGGACUUCUGCUUAUAUCAGUCAGCAUGAUCUCCAUAUCAGGGAAAUGACGGUGAGAGAAACCUUGGCGUUCUUGGCCAGAUGUCAAGGAGUCGGAACCCGCUAUGAAAUGCUGAUGGAGCUGUCGAGGAGAGAGAAAGCAGCAAACAUCAAGCCAGAUCCCGACGUAGAUGUCUACAUGAAGAUUGCUGCCAACCUACGCGGUCAGCUUUGAAGACUUUUAGGAGGGCAAAAUCAAAGAUAUUGGAGUGGGCUUAUGGAUUGUUAGGGUGUUGUUGUUGUUGUUGUUUUUAUUUUUUAUUUUUUAUUUUGGGUAUUUUCCUUGGCUUGUAAAUAGUAGUAAAUUGUUGGUAAACCUGGCAUGGUCCAUUUAUCAGGCAGGCUAUGAUUUUGAAAUCAUGUGGACAACUGAUGGGCUGAAUCAAUAUAUGUUUGUGGCCCACCUAAUGAGCGUAA